AUGGCGAAGGUGAAAUCAAAAAAAGGUGGUGGAAGAGGAUCCCGUCUGGCGGUAUCAGCACUAGUAGAUGUCAAUGGUUAUCAUAUUCCAUCAGUUGAUAUUUGGACUUGUACAGAAGAUCAUAAUAUGCAUUCAACUUGCGCAACUUUAAGAGAGGAGAUUGGAAAGAAAGAACGAAUUGCUAUCUGUCUAGAUAACGCGACUCGGCACAAUAAACUCACAAAAGAAUCAGUGAUUCCGAAACGUGCUUUGUCAAAGGGAGAAAUUCAACAAUGGUUAAAAGAUCACAAAAUUAAUUUUUCGGAAAAAUUCAUUAAAGCUCAGUUCCUCAAUCCUAUUGAAUUGUCGUGGAAUAAUCUCAAGCAAUUCGUUCGUGAUCAAAACGCGACGUUUCGUCAGGAUGAUGUGAAACAACUGAUUGAGCAAUUUAUAGUCGCAAUGGAUGAUAAGCGUGCAACUUCCUAUUUUCACCAUGUUGGUAAAAUUGAAGAAAUGUAUAAAACAACUGAUACAAUUAUGGAGGAAGACGUCGAACCUUAUUUACAAUCAGACAGUCAAGAAACAGAUUCGGAUGACGAGUAG